UUGGUCCACCAGCAUACAACUAAGACAAUGGAAAACUCUUCUUACAUUACCACUUUCCUGUUUACUGUAUACGGUGAAAUUGGGUACCUUAGAUAUCUGUAUUUCACUGCUGCCUUAUUGGCUUACCUUGUGAUACUUUUUGUCAAUAUAGUUCUUAUAACAGUAAUAAUCAGGGAAAGGAGCCUCCAUGAACCAAUGUAUAUAUUUGUUUGUAACCUGGCUCUGAAUGGGCUGUAUGGUAGCAGUGCUUUUUAUCCAAUAUUAAUGCAUAGUCUUCUCUCUGAUACCCCAGCAAUAUCCAGAAUCGGAUGUUUGUUUCAAAUAUUUUGUAUUCAUACAUAUGGAUGUUUUGAAUUUUCCAUUUUGUCAGUGAUGGCUUAUGACAGAUAUGUGUCAAUCUGUAAUCCUUUAAGAUACAGUAGUAUGAUGAGUCCCAGGAAAGUAGCUGGGCUAAUAGCUUUUGUAUAUCUGUACCCUAUUUGUAUUUUCAUCAUACAUAUUUCAUUAACUAUUCGACUACCAUUAUGUGGGUCUGUUAUAGAAAAGUUAUAUUGUGACAACUGGUCAGUUGUCAGGUUAUCUUGUGUAGAUAUCUCUGUUAAUAAUGUCUUUGGUUUGUGUAUGAUCAUGUUACUUAGUGUCCCACAAAUCAUUGUUGUUGUAUACUCGUAUAUUAAAAUAAUUACAGUGUGUCUUAAGGCUUCAAAAGAAGCUCGUGGUAAAGCAGUACAAACUUGCGUACCCCAUUUAUUAACUCUCACAAACUACUACAUUGCCGCUUUGUUUGAAGUUAUUCAUCAACGCUUUAACAUGCAGAACCUUCCCCUUGUUUUACGCAUCAUCAUGUCAAUAGAUUUUCUUCUUUUGCCCCCUCUUCUAAAUCCAAUCAUUUACGGAGUAAAAACACAGGCCAUAAGAAAACGGGUAAUCCAGAUGUUCAAAAGCAGCAAAACAAAUUCAAUUUCAGGUGCUCAGAAAAAAAUGGUCUCUGUCUUACAAUAACUGUGUAAUACUGUAAAUAAAACAGACCUUGAAUUGCACACAAUUCUUGUCACAUUAAAGUCAA